UUGGAAACAUGUUUUGAGAAUCAACAAGGUUUGUCGUUGGAAACGGCACGGAACUAACUUUUGGAAGGCUGAUUGGUCGACUGUUUGUCGUUGGAAACGGCGCGGGGCAUCCAGCUCUCAAUGCCGUCCUUGUUCAGUCAUGUAGUUAGGCCAAGGUUUACAGUGGCACAAAGGCAGCGUGAUAAUUGUUAGGAACGUGAUAUACUGAUAUACAAGUGGCACCCUCCAAUAUAGAGCGAUUGGUGAGUACGGAGUGAGUACCUAGUUCCGUGGGACGACGUCCAGGAGAUCGAGCUGCACACAAGGAGGACCGACCAGGUUCAAUGGGCAGCGUAUCCUAUACACACAGGCCUUAACACGGUCUUCGAAAUGCUACUUUAACCAAAAAUGACUACAAAAGUAAAAUAUUUUAAAUAAAAAGACUUGCAUACUAUGAUAGUAACAUUAAAUUUACAUGAUUUAUCUUUCUUAAUUUAUCGCUAUUAAUAGUCAAAAUUAAAACAGUUUGACUUGGCACUAUUCUAGAAAUGUUUAUAUUUUGGGACGGACGGAGAAAUAAAAUGGCAAAAUUUGCUACAGGACACCGAAAGAUUGCGGCCUUUGCUGUGAGACACCCAAAGAUCGUGUAUUUGCUCGUGGACACUGUAAAAAUGUGGUAAUUAGCUGGCGGACACCGGCCGCAUUAUUUUAUCAUUUCCGGACGGAGAGAGAAACUUUGAUUAAAGACAAGUUUACCCAUGGGCCCACUUGUCAAUCUCUCUUUCUCUGUUCAUCUUCUUCCUCUCUUUCUUUGUUCAUCUUCUUCAUCUUCUCUCUUUCUCAUUGCACCGCCACCGAGCUCCGCCGUGGCCGAGCCGUCGUGCGUCGUCGCCGUCGACAGUGAACCUCGGCGAUGCGCCGCCGCCGCCUCACCGUGGCCGAGCCAUCCCAUGGUGACCCCAUCGUGGCCGAGCCGUCCUAGUUGCGAGCCACGAUGCGUUGCCGCCGCCGCCACCCCGCCGCGGCCGAGCCGUCGACUGAGCCGCCCCGCCGCCACUGCCAUCGGCGAGGACGAAGAAGCCGUUGAGAAGUGCGCGCGCUUAUUGGGGCUCAUCUCGCCGGAGAGCUUGAAGAUGGGGGACUUCUGUGGUGGGGAUUGGAACAUAGGGUUGGUGGGGGCGGCGGCGCCUCCGCGUGCUGGUGGCCAUGGGUUUGAGGUGGGACAAGGCGGAGAGGUCAACGAGAAGGGCAAGGAGCGCACCGACGAGGGAGAAGAGGCCGGAGAAGGGGAAGUCCCGCCAGAGGCGUCGCGUGGCAACGACGCAGUCGGCGGCGGCGGCACUGCCAAGCGUGCGCCGCGCUGGCGGUGAGACGCCGGUGCUGAUGAGCGGCACGAGGCACGACGCGAUGGCGAUGGUGAGGCUGACAAAGGUCAGGAUGCUGUUCGUGCGGUGCGGUGGCAGCGUGAGGCACUCGUCGGAGGAGUCUGUGUUGGACGACGACAUCUGGGCCGCCGCGAGGAAGAAGGGGAAAAGAAAAGAAGAGAGAGAGAGGAAGAACAGUGUCAAAGGGUAUUUUGUGGGCGGGCUAAGGUGAGAUCAAGGCUAAGACGAGAGUGCCAUCAAACGUCGAAUUCUUCGUCUGGCUAGCAAUCCAGGGAAAAUGCCUCACAGUUUAUAACCUCCUAAAAAAAUUGAUAUCAUCAACGAAGUUGUCACUCGUGUAUCUCAGUUGAUGAAGAAUAUCGCAAGCAUAUCUAUUAGUUUCA